AUCACCACUCCUGUCAUUCGUUACGCCGCGGUGUGAUUGUUUACAUUUCAUUUCCCCCAGAUUGGUGCCGGACAACAACACAGCCGCGGACGGAUAGUAAUCGCUAGACGCAGAAACAAUGCUGCUCACAAGGUGUGGUACAUCCGCCACCGCCAUCCACACCGUUCGCCAGCGAUGGCAGGCUGCGUUUCCAGCCCUGGCAGUGAAACCCGCGACCCGAUGGUUACAUCAAACCAGCCCAGCGCACAGCCCCUUCACGAUAGCGCCCCUGCCGGAGCGUAAGUUUGUGCGCGUACAAGGAUCCGACGCGGUCAGCUUUCUGCAGGGACUGAUGACGAACGAUAUGCGACACCUCGAGCACAGCAGCACGGUGUACGCAAUGUUUCUCAAGGCGAAUGGGCGCGUUUUCUGUGAUACAAUCAUCUACAAGCGGCCCGGGGCUGAACCGGCCGACUAUUUGCUCGAGUGCGAUGCGGCCGUUGCGCCGCGGCUCGAGAAACACUUGAAGCUGUACCGGCUGCGCAAGAAGGUGCAGGUGGAGCAGGACGCCACCUACCGGGUGUGGGCCGCCUUCAAGGAGGCCGUGCAGGAGGAAGAGGAGAUGCCGGCUGCAAGCGAUCUCGCCUGUCCGGAGGGUCGGUUACACGUGUUCAAAGAUCCUCGACUGCCGCGGCUCGGCUAUCGGGUGCUUACCGACGAGCAGGAGCCGAAUGAAUGCAAAACGCGACUGAAGCGUAUCUUUCCGGAGGCGGAGACGGUCGCCGACUCGGCGCUACCGUACACGGCGUUCCGGUAUUCGCUCGGUGUCGGCGAGGGAGAGACAAACCUGCCGGACGGUAAAUGCUUCCCGCUCGAGUGUAACUGCGAUCUGCUGCACGGUGUCAGCUUCCACAAGGGCUGCUACAUCGGCCAGGAGCUGACGGCACGCACGUACCACACGGGGGUGAUACGCAAGCGGCUCAUGCCGCUGGAGCUGGACGCACCGCACCGGCUUGCCGACUGUGAUCCGGAAGCGCUGCGCGAUGCGGAAAUUAAAAACGAGGAGGGCGGCGCCGUCGGAAAGUUGCGCGGGCUGGCCGGUAACCGUGCCCUCGGGUUGCUUCGCAUCGAGAAGGUGCUGCCGGAGGGGAAACCGCUAACGAUCAACGUUGCCGGCGAAUCCGUCGUGCGCUGUCGCACAAACAAACCCGCCUGGUGGCCGAAGGAAAUGAAUGCACGCCCUUAGUGGGCCUUUUUCUUUUGUUGUGUACCAAGCCCAUCGAGCAUCAUUUCUUUUUUCUCUCUCUCUCCUCCUCUCUCCUAUCUUCCCUUGCAUCACAAACCCCGCACCUCGCUCACAUGCAGCAAAACCAUGGCAACAACGUCCGCGCCCAGUAGUACGGUGGGACGGGAAAGCGCCGCAUCUUCUGCCAGCGAACCGACGGCGCAUCCUUCGAUCCCCUUCCGGUGCGAGCUGUGCGGUUUGAGCGAGAGCUGCGAUUACCGGGGCCGUCGACCACCGUUUGCGAGCAAAAUCGAACUGCCCGAAGAGUGUUACGUAAUGCGCGAUCCGUUCGCGCCGCCACCCCAAGCCGUACCGGACAAACCGGCCAGCGAGCACUAUCUGCUGCUCGGUGCGGACUGCCACAGCUGCCGGCGCACCGUGUGCAAGGCGGGCGAGUGCAGCUUCUUCUACGGGGCCACCUUUUGCCGGCAGUGCAGCGUGCAGCGGGUGCAGGAUUUUCCGCUCGAAGUGCGGAGCAAAAUAAAAAAGCAGUUCUCAUAGCCGUA